GUCGCCCCGUCUCCAUCCCCACCGACUAGUCUUCAGUCAGCCCCCUCAGCCUUCGACAGCGAGGCCUUUGGACGCACUUUUCAUUUCGCUACAGUAUGCGCCGAGGGCUUCUACUUGCUCUGCUUGGAGCGUCGGUUUCGGCUCGGGACGACACGUGCUUAGUCGCGCCGGCCGCACGCCUCGACUGCUACCCAGCGACGAAGCACUUUCCCAACGCGACCGAGGAGGCUUGCCGCGCCCAAGGCUGCUGCUGGGAUCCGGCGCAGACGUUCCCGUGUGCGUUUGGCCGGCUCCCGAAGCCGUCGCCGGCGGCGUGCAGCGCUGUGGUUCCGUCGUCGCGCAUGGCUUGCCGCAACCCGCGCUACUUUUUGACGCCAAACUCGGCAACCGAGUGCGCUCUUAUGGGCUGCUGCUACGACACGACGUCGGCCGAGUGCUUCCAGCCGCGCACGACGGGCUACGAGCUCGACACGGCGUCGUGGCACGAGACGGCUACGGGCUUCUCGGGCACAUUACGUCUGCCGGCAGAGGCGCGCGGGCCGUUUGGCAACGACAUUCGUACGCUUGCGCUGGAGGUUGACACCCAAGACGACUCUCGCGUCCGCGUCCGCAUCACGGACCCGACGUUUCCGCGCUUUGAAGUGCCCCUCAACAUCUCGAGCACCCCCAUAAGCUCUACUGGCCACCGCGCCUACGACGUUCGCGUAACGUCGGCGCCGUUCGGGAUCGCGGUCGUGCGACGCGCUACGGGCGAGACGCUUUUCAACUCGACACCGACACCGAGUGGGAAUGGUCUCAUCUUUGAGAACCAGUUUCUUGAGCUCUCGACGUCGACACCGACGCAAGCGACGUUCUUUGGCCUCGGUGAGCACGUCGGAACGUUCUUGGCGCCAACGGACGGCGACCAUUUUACGAUCUGGGCGCGCGACCAAGUAGCCAACAAGUACCACGCCCACACGCGCAACGGCAGCGACAACGUCUACGGCGUGCACCCCUUCUACGUCCGGCGCGAAGCCACUGGCGCCGCGCACGGUGUCUUUCUCUUGAACGCCAACGCGAUCGAAGUCGUUGCGCAGCCGCAGUCGCUCACGUUCCGAACCGUCGGCGGCGUCCUCGAUUUCUUUGUGUUUGUCGGUCCGACGCCGGCGGCCACCGUCGCGCAGUACACGGGCCUCGUCGGACGCCCGGCGCUGCCGCCGUACUGGGCGCUCGGGUACCAUCUCUGCCGGUGGCAGAACCUCAAGAACCCGCACCCGAACCACCGCCUCUCGGACGUGGUGGCGACGCUGCAGCGCAUGCGCGCCUUUGGCGUGCCGCAAGAUGGGCAGUGGACCGACAUUGACGCCAUGGACCGCAAGAUGGACUUCACAUGGAGCAACGACGCCUUUCCCAUCGAAGACGUCGUCGCGUUCGUUGAGGACCUUCACGCCCACGGCCAGCACUACGUGCCGAUUGUGGACGCUGGCAUUGCGAUCGCGUCGCCCGCGUACACUGACGGCGUCGCGUCCCGAGUUUUCUUGCGCGAUCCCGGCAACGUCAGCUGGGAGCAGGACAAGGCGUGGCCGGGCAUGGUGGCGUUUACCGACUUUUACCACCCGAAUGCAUCCGCGUUCUGGGAAGCCCAGCUCCGCACCUACUAUGCGACGGCCCAAUACGAUGGUAUCUGGCUCGACAUGAACGAGCCGAGCAGCUUUUGCACCGAGGGCGGGCGCGGCAGCCAGUCGUGCUUUCCGAACGACACGUACGUCGCACCGGCGUUUGUCAAGUCACCGGACGUCAUGGGCCCGUUCGACCCGUACCGGCAGCCGUACGUGCCGGGGCAAAAGGUCGCGAUGACCGGCAACCUCGCGUUCAAGACCGCGGCCCUCGGCGCGCACCACUUCAACUCGAUCCACUAUAACCUCCAUUCGCUCUAUGGGCACGCCAACGUGAUGGCGACGCGGCAAGCCGUCGACCACAUCCGGGGCAAGCGGACGCUCAUUCUAACGCGCGCAACGUACGCGGGCGACGGGCAGUACGCCGCGCACUGGCUCGGCGACAAUGCGGCAACGUGGACCGACAUGCGCCAGAGCAUCGCUGGCGUCUUGGCGGCCAACGUCUUUGGGAUGCCGAUGGUCGGACCAGACGUCUGCGGCUUCCGCGCCAACACGACGCGCGAGCUCUGCAUCCGUUGGCACCAAACCGCGGUCCUCUUCCCGUUCAUGCGCAACCACAACGAAGCCGAGCGCGACCAGGCGCCAGUCGACUUUGACGUCGACGCCAUUGAUAUCAUCAAACAGACGCUUCUGAAACGGUAUGCGCUGCUGCCGGCGCUCUACACGGCGCUGUACCAUGCCGCCGUCGACGGCGCGACGGUCGUCCGGUCGUUGUACUUUGAAUUUCCCGAUGACGCGGCGACGGUACCGAUCGAGUCGCAGUAUCUCCUCGGGUCGUCGAUCCUCGUGGCGCCCGUGCUGACGCCGAGUGCUACGAUCGUCGACGUCUACUUUCCAAAGGCGCUUUGGUUUGACCUCUGGAGCGGCGAGCGUGUGCAGACGACUGGUGGCCGCCGUGUCAGCGUCGACGCACCGCUGGAGACUGUCCCGAUGUACCUCCGUGGCGGCGCCAUUGUGCCACUGCAGGCACCGUCGACGACGACGACCGCGAGCCGCAAGAACCCGUUCAACUUGAAGAUUGCGCUCUCGGUGACUGGAGAAGCUGCGGGCGACUUGUACGUGGACAGCGGCGACUCGAUCGACCCACUUCGCACGGCGGACUUCACGCGUCUGUCAUUUGCGGCUAUCCAAGAGGCGAGCGGUGCCCUCUCUAUUGCAUCGACGCUCGUAGCGAAUGGCUACACGGGGCCAGAAACCAAAGUCCACCUUGAGAACAUCGAGGUGUACGGCGCCAAGGACGCUGUGACGUGGCACGUCGACGGCGCCGAUGCCACGUGGAACACUACGACUGGCGUCCUCACCAUCUCGGGCUUGUCGCUUCCCAUCGGCGCGCCGUUUUCGCUGACGGUCCGUCCAGGUCACGAAGCGAGUGUCGCCAGCGACGGUGCAUCGUCAGCGUUGGUCGGUGCUUCGUGGAUUGAGUGGGUUGUUGCCACUGCCGCUGUCGCCGUGACGGCGCUCAUCAUUGUGCGCUACUGCUACGAGCGCCGUCAAGGCUACCGCCGUGUCGCCUAGUGGGCUGGCAUAGGAUAAUGGAUCGGGCGAAUCGAGCUUUCUAUCUUUCAG